UUUCUACCUUUCCAAGAUGGCUGUCCAGGUGUUGUUGCAUCUGGUCGCCUUUGCUUUAUUAAAUGUUUGUGUUGAAAGCUGGAGAUGUGCCAAGUAUGAAAACUAUUUCAGCCAACAGCCAGACUACAUCGACUGUCUUUGGGACUGUUGUGGAAACUCCUUCAACAGGCACUGCUGUGCUCCCAUUGGUAUUAUUGUCGGAGUGUGUAUAGUAGGAGCUGUUGCUGUAGCAGCUUUGGUGGUUGUGGUCAUCUGCUGGUGGCAGAGGAAGAGGUCACAGUACAAUGCUGGACCCAAGUUGUUCCACAACAAACGCCACUCCCACUACCCUGUUGCUCCAACUUCAGUAACUCGUCCAGCCCCUGUUGUCUCAUAUGGGGGGCCCCCACCCCAGCAGCAGUACAGGCAAGGUCCACCUAAAGAGAAGGUCCCUAUUGACGAGUAUGAGAAGAGGGGUCCUCCCUCAGAUGCCUACCAGCCCUGGCCGGGGCAGGGUGUGAUGCGACCCCCACCAGACGAGUACGAGGACAAAGAUUCAAGCUUUGACUCUAGGGCUGCCCCUCCUCCUGGGGGGUAUCGUCCACCCCCAAACAGGGGUCAACGACCACCUCCGGAUGAAUAUGACAUGUAAAUUUAGAAGGAAUGAUAUUGCCUCUCACAUCAUUACACUAUAUUCUUAAUAUAAGAAAUUAUCUUUAGAAUUCUAGACUGCAAAAACUUGUAACCACUUUGGUACAUUUGUUGCUGAUAAAUGCUAAAUUUUUUCGUAAUUGAAAAAUAGACUUAAUGAAAUGGCUAGAGCCUUUGUGUAAUUAGUGUUAAAAGAUAUGUUACGGUAAAUGCUUUUGCAUUUGGAUUUCCUUUACCUCCACAUUCCUUUAACGAAAAUUUUUCCAAGUUUUAAAUGGCGUUAAAAAUAUGUUUCAAAUUUAGGUUCAGUUCAUUUCAUGUAUUGAGCAUUCAUGGAGUCUUUUUAAUUUGUAAACUUAUAAAUAAAAUGUUCAUGCACUGUAAAUAAACAUAUUUUCAUUCCUACUGCCUGUUACUAAGCCUUAAAAUUUAUAUUUUUAUAAUGUUGUAAUGAGGUUGAUAGUUUUUUUUUAAUACAUUUUUCUCUAUCUCUAAUUGCGAACCAUUUAACCAAUUUAUUUGAUACUAGAUACAUCUUCCAAGCCUUUAUGAAUCAAUGAGUUCAAUAUACACCAUAAAUUCAAAACGUUUCAUUAAAUGCUACCAUUCCAUUAGUUUUUUUUAAGUAUUCUACAUAAUUUUGUAACAGCUAGCAGCAGUUCUCUGUGUACAGUUUUUGUCUGUAAACAUUCCUGUUUGAAAGUGUUCUUCGUUCUAUGAUAUAUGCUUGAAUGCAGUGUAUGUUUUAUAAGGUUUGCUGUAGUUACAUACUGUCUUGAUUAUUUGGAAUUUAUAACUGUAUAUACACAUAUUUUUUCUGUAAACAAAUAAAUCAUUCCAUUU